AUGAACACGCUAUCGGUUUGGUGCGAACGACAGACUGCAUCCUUCACUAAGGCCUUUAAGAAGCGGUAUGUUACUUUUGAUCCGGAGUCUCGCAAGAUAUCGUACGCCGAGAACGAACAAAAACCCCCGAAGGGUGUCAUCAUUGUCACAAAGAUGGUGCGGUGUUGUCAGAUGAUGGAAGUGAAAACAUCUGAUUUAUUUACACUGAUUGUCGACGGGAGCCAUGAAGAUGGAAAAGAAGAUCAGUGGACUCUCCGCAUGCCAAAUCGUCAAAUUUUUGAGGAGUGGACAGAAGUCAUCGGAAAUGUAUGUGCAGCCGCUGGACUGAUGCAGCCGUUGAACUUUGGACUUCCCUCUGUCGAUCCACGAACAAAUCUGCCUUUCGCUCAAGUACCGCUGGAGUAUCUAUUUAAGUUUGCAGUACUGGAGAAGGCUGUCAUUCACUUCUUUGGUACUGUCACGCUUGUGACAUCCACGACGGGUAAGGAUAAUCAUCCGGCCCGUCAUAAUCUCGUGGUAGGGGAUAAGGCAAUUUACAUUUUUACCCAGAAUGCAACUAUUUUGUAUUGCAGCCUUAUCAGUCAUAUUCGAAGGAUAUAUCAUGGUCCUGAAGCAACCUUUUUUGCCGUCCAUGUCAAAUCACCAGCGCCAGACAUUGUGGUGAAGGAUUUUUCAGAAGGUGCACAAGUGGCUUUUAUCCUUGCUAGGUUGUUCCAUGUGACGACUGGUAAAAGUCUCAGCGUCAUGCCUAUCAAUGUUCCCACCGCUGAGGUACUUGUGGAGUCGCAACAGCUGCGGCUGAAUGGGGAUGAAGGGUAUAAGCUUCACGUUGUUUCACCAACUACCAAGUUGCGUCUUCGUCAGGUGAUUGAUACGAACAAGGAUGGAAGGAGUCUCAGCGGCAGUGUAAACAUGAAUGCAAACGGGGGAGGUCAAAAACAGGGCGUUGACAAGGCUCUCGCCGUUGAACCCACCGUCGUUGUGCCCACAGAUCCUCUUACAACACUUCUCCAUAAAAUUGGACUGCCAGAAUACGCUCCAAAACUGUUGAGUCAACAUGUCGAUUUAGAUGUUUUGCAGUGUAUGGAUGUAUCCGAUCUAAUGACCUUUGGUGUCUCAAAUAAAUCCCAUUGCCAAAUGAUUCUCGACGCCGCUUUGAGAUCAGACACGGCGGAUCCCGAAAAUGUGGGCGGUGAUGCGUUGGAUGAUUUUGACCCGAAGGCUGGAUAUCCCUCUGGUAAACCCGUGGGUGGUGUAACACUAAGUGACGAUGAGGACGAUGAGAUUGAUCUUUUUGUCCCACCUCAGAGGACAGUGACGCUGGACGAGGACUCGGAUGAAGAGCUUCUCCCUUCAAGAACCCCUGCUGUAAACGUGAGCAAACCACCAGCUAUCGUUAUUGAUGAUGAUGACCUUUAA